AAACGGGAUAUGGAGGCUUUAUACUGUAUAUACAGUAUACUAGGAGGCGGAAUGUCUAUGUGGGUGUAUGCUAGCCACCCUGCCUCCACCCACAGAGACAAAGAUAGGGUAUGAUACCAGCACAAUAGUCCUAGAUGAUAUGAACGGGUCGGUGUUGGGAUUUCUGGAAUCGGUUGAAAAAUGUUGAACUAGUAAAAGUUUGAGUUGAGAAUGGCUACUUCGGGAAAACCAGGAAUUUGUUGGAAAAAAAAAAUAGGAUCUUUGUCGCAACUAAGAGAAAUGUUUUGAAGGUGGAAUGCUUGAAAAAUGUGGACUGUGAAAACUUUCCAGGAAGAGGGGACCAUAGGGCUUUGGACACCCAGGAAUUCCUGGAUCGUUUCAAUGGUAGUUUGAUGGUCCAAGGUGAGCCGAGUGUGUGGAACGGUUUGGAACGGGGUGAGAAAUGUGGGAGUUGAACAUGAGCCCGUUCAGUUCCUGUUGUCAAAAUGUCCUGGAAAACCGGGAAUUCUGGGAAUUCCUGGAUUGUUCCAAUGGUAGAUUGAUGGUCCAAGGUGAGCCGGGUGUGUGGAACGGUUUGGAACGGGGUGAGAAAUGUGGGAGUUGAACAUGAGCCCGUUCAGUUCCUGUUGUCAAAAUGUCCUGGAAAACCGGGAAUUCUGGGAAUUCCUGGAUUGUUCCAAUGGUAGAUUGAUGGUCCAAGGUGAGCCGAGUGUGUGGAACGGUUUGGAACGGGGUGAGAAAUAUGGGAGUUCCAGUUGUCAAAAUGUCCUGGAAAACCGUGAAUUCUGGGUAAUCCGGGAUAUUUCCCUAAUCCCGGGGGAAACCAAAGGUUUUUAAACUGGAACGGUUCCAACGGGGUGAAAAGUGUGGGCUGUGGCUCUGAGGAUCACCUGCCGACUGGGAGAUGAUCACCUGACUCGGCAGAUCCCGGCUAACCUUCAGCUCUAUCUGCUCGAGGGCAGAGGGAUUGUCUGCCUCACUCGCGGUCUUUGUACCUCGGGAGACCUCAACUGGAGACCGCGGGAGCCUUCCUAGUCUGCGCUUGCCUUGUUUUUGUGCGGUAAGACUUUAGAACGCUGAGAGCAGAGUCGAGGCCGGAGCUCUGCCGUCAUCCGGGUGAAGAGGAGACCGAGGGAGCCAUGGGAGUGCAGAAGGAGGACGUGGAACGGUUCCUCAAAGGAAACCCGGCUUUUGCCAAAGACUACUUUGCCAGAAAGAUGAACCAAAGCUCCAUGGCCCAGGUGUCGGCACUUCCGGACAAACAGGUGGACUUCAGCUGCUUCCAGGAGCUCAGCCAGGUGGAGGAGAGCCGGAUCAUGUACGACCUGAUCACCGACAUGCAGGAGAACAUCAACAUGGAGAAGGUGGUCUUCAAGAUCCUGAAGAGGAUCAGCGCCCUGAUCCACGCCGACCGCUGCAGCCUGUUCAUGUACCGGCAGAGGAACGGCGUGGGCGAGCUGGCCACCCGGCUCUUCGACGUGCACACCCGGGCCCAGCUGGACGACUGCGUGGUGCCGCCCGAUUCCGAGGUGGUCUACCCGCUGGACCUGGGGAUCGUCGGCCACGUGGCCCAGACCAAGAAGACUGUCAACGUCAAGGACGUCAAGGAGAACCAGUACUUCAGCUCCUUCGUGGACCAGCUGACCGACUACCAGACCAGCAGCCUUCUGGCCACGCCCAUCCUCAACGGCAAAGACCUGGUGGCCGUGGUCAUGGCGCUCAACAAGACCACGGCCCCCCACUUCACCCCCGAGGACGAGGACCUCUUCUCAAAGUACCUGAAGAUCGCCGCCUUGAACCUGAAGAUCUACCACCUGAGCUACCUGCACAACUGCGAGACGCGCAAAGGACAGUUGUUGCUGUGGUCGGCGAACAAAGUGUUCGAGGAGCUGACGGACAUCGAGCGUCAGUUCCACAAGGCCUUGUACACGGUGCGAGCCUACCUCAACUGCGAGCGCUACUCUGUGGGUUUACUGGACAUGACCAAGGAGAAGGAGUUCUUCGACGUGUGGCCAGUGUUGAUGGGGGAGCAGCCGCCAUACUCCGGGCCCGUCACGCCCGAUGGAAGGGAAGUCAUCUUCUACAAAAUCAUUGACUACAUUUUACACGGCAAGGAGGACAUCAAAGUCAUACCAAAUCCAGCAGCAGACCACUGGGCGUUGAGCAGCGGUCUUCCUACUUAUGUUGCAGAAAGCGGCUUUAUCUGCAACAUCAUGAACGCUGCAGCGGACGAGACGUUCACGUUCCAGACGGAGCCCCUGGACUUGAGCGGCUGGACCAUCAAGAACGUUCUCUCGCUGCCCAUCGUCAACAAGAGGGAGGAGAUAGUGGGCGUGGCCACCUUCUACAACCGCAAGGACGGCAAACCCUUUGACGAGCAGGACGAGCAGCUGAUGGAGGCCCUGACCCAGUUCUUGGGCUGGUCGGCCCUCAACACGGACACCUACGACAAGAUGAACAAGCUGGAGAACCGCAAGGACAUCGCCCAGGACAUGGUGCUCUACCACGUCAGGUGUCGCAACGACGAGAUUCAGAACAUCCUGAAGACCAGAGAAGUCUACGACUGUGAACCCUGCGAGUGCCAAGAAGAAGAGCUCUGGAGUAUCUUGAAAAAAGACCUGCCGCCUCUGAUCAAGAAGUUUGAGAUUUACGAGUUCCGCUUCUCGGACUUCAAGUGCUCGGAGACGGAGCUGGUCCAGUGCGGGAUCCAGAUGUACUACGAGGUCGGCGUGGUGAAGAAGUUCCAGAUCCCUCAGGAGGUUCUGGUCCGCUUCAUGUACUCGGUCAGCAAGGGCUACAGGAGGAUCACCUACCACAACUGGCGCCACGGCUUCAACGUGGGACAGACCAUGUUCACCCUGCUGACGACGGGGAUGCUGAAGAGGUACUACACCGACCUGGAGGUGAUGGCCAUGAUCACGGCCGGCUUCCUCCACGACAUCGACCACCGCGGCACCAACAACUUGUACCAGGUCAAGUCGGGCAACCCUCUGGCCAAACUGCACGGCUCCUCCAUCCUGGAACGACACCACCUGGAGUUCGGAAAGUUUCUCCUGUCGGACGAGACUCUGAACAUCUACCAGAACCUGAACCGGCGCCAGGUGGACCACGUGAUCCACCUCACGGACAUCGCCAUCAUCGCCACCGACCUGGCUCUUUAUUUCAAGAAGAGGACCAUGUUCCAGAAGAUCGUGGAUCUGUCGCAGACGUACGAGGAUGAGAAGAAGUGGGUGGACUUCCUGUCUCUGGAGACCACCAGGAAGGAGAUCGUCAUGGCCAUGAUGAUGACAGCGUGUGAUCUGUCCGCCAUCACUAAGCCCUGGGAGGUACAAAGCAAGGUGGCCCUGUCGGUGGCAGCAGAGUUCUGGGAGCAAGGUGACCUUGAGAGGACUGUUCUGGAACAACAACCCAUCCCCAUGAUGGACAGGACCAAAGCAGCGGAUCUCCCCAAACUUCAGUGUGGUUUCAUCGACUUUGUCUGCACCUUCGUCUACAAGGAGUUCUCGCGCUUCCACCCACAAAUCCAACCCAUGCUGGAUGGCAUCCUGAACAACAGGAAGGAGUGGAACGCCAAGAAGGAAGAGUACGAGGCCAAGGUCAAAGUCAUAGAGGACCAGAAAGCUGCCAAGCAGGCGGCCGCCGCCGGCAAAGCGGAUAAAAGUGGCGAUGGAACCUCCAAGACCUGCUCGCUGUGCUGAAACACUUGCUGCUCUUCAUCUUUUAUUUAGUACAUUUAUUUGUGUACUCUACAGCGGCUUUUUCUCACUACUGAUGCUAUAUUUAUAUCUUAUUAUGUACCUCGCUAGCUUAAGCAUGCCUUCAUACUGUAUAUAGGUAUAUGUAUAUGU